GUACUAAUGUGGUGAGUAUAGAGCAAUACUCAUUUCAAUCGGUGCAGUUAAGUUGAUCGGACGCAGAAUGCUGUUUCUCAGAAUUUCGUCCCUGCUAAUCAUCUAUACUGUGACUAGUGUUCUUUCGGAAGUAUCCCAACCAAAAGUUUGUAUCGACAAUGGUUGCAUUCUGGGAAAGUAUUACACCAGCCAAAAAGGCAACGAAUACGAAGCGUUUCUGGGCGUUCCAUAUGCCAAGCCGCCCGUAGGGGAACUCAGAUUCAAAAACCCUCAACCUGUUGAGCCGUGGACCGCAGACUACGACGCCUCGUUCGAACGGAGCAAAUGUGUUCAGAAGAAUGAUCUCUGGAUCGAUCAGAAGGUUGAAGGCGAUGAGGACUGCUUGUACAUCAAUCUGUACAAACCGAAACAAGCUAAACGCGAGAAACUUGCUGUGAUGGUCUACAUUCAUGGUGGAGGGUAUUUCUCUGGAUCAGCGUCGAAAGGUGAGUUCGGACCGGACAGGUUCAUGGAUACCGAAGAGGUUAUCCUGAUCGUGAUGCAAUAUCGAUUGGGAGUUUUUGGGUUCUUGUCGACUGGGGACCACGCAGCUACGGGUAAUUUUGGACUGAAGGAUCAAAACGCGGUAUUGCGAUGGGUUAGGCAGAACAUCGAUCGAUUUGGUGGCGAUCCAGAGCUGGUGACCUUAUUUGGGCAGAGCGCCGGCGGAGCUUCCGUACAGAUGCAGAUGAUGAGCCCGCUGAGUAAGGGAUUGUUUGCACGGGCUUGGAGUUUAAGUGGCAGCGCGCUAGGAUUCUGGACAAAGCCGAAUGAGAAUCCUUUGAAAUUUGCUAGGGAGCAAACUUUGGCCGUUGGAAUCGAGUCAGCAGCGGAUAUGACUUCGGAAGAACUGGUAGAAGCGCUGCGACAAGUGGAUGCCAAAGUUCUUGGUCAGAGUAUCGACAAGUUGAAGUUCUGGCAUGUUUUCCCAUUGACUCCGUACAGGCCUGUAGUAGAACAAUUCGUAGAUGAAGAAACUUUUAUCAGCGGGGAUCAACGGGAUCUGUGGACUAGGGGCGAGUAUCUACAAGUACCCUGGGUCACUUCGUUUGUUCCCAAUGAAGGUGCGUUUGCAUCGCUAGCUCUGAUUGUCAACCAAACUCUGCUGGAUCGGUUGAACGAAAAUGCAGGAUCGUAUCUAACUAGACUUCUUGGCUGCCCGGACAAUGAAAAAUCUAAGCAGCUGUUGAAGGAACGGUUCUUUUCAGACGGAAGUGAGGACAGCUGGAUUACGCAAGCUAACGCCCAUAAAAUCCAGGAUAUCAUGAGCGAAGCGUUCAUCACAUUCCCAAUAGCACAGGGAGUGCAACAGCAUAUCGCCCUAGACAAUCCAUCAAAAGCGAGGAUCGAUGUGCGAUACUUCAACUUUGCAGGACGCUAUUCGCAUUCCAAAUACUUCGCAAAGGACGACGGAAAAUUUGGAGUUUGUCAUUCGGACGAUCUAAUCUAUCUGUUCAGAGCAGCUGGGCUUUUCUCCGACUUUGAAUUGGAUUCCGAGGAAUAUGCAAUGGCGGAAAAGUUGGUAGAGGAUUACGUUCGUUUCGCUUACGACGGGUUGAAGACGAACAACUGUCAAGAUAGCUCUUGCUCUAUAUUGGAAUACAGCAAUUCAAAAGAUUCGGAAAAACCGUACAAACUCAACGACAUUGAGGGAUUCGACGAGGCAAUGAUAAAGUUCUGGACUGAGUUUUACACUUGCUAGUGCAUGAAAGGAAUUCGGAGAUGUGCGCAAAGUCGGAUGAACUUUUUUUUAACGAUUUGUAUUAAAACUCUUAUAAUACAAUAUCUGACCUCUUCCUUCAAGUCUUUGAUUGUCCUCAUGGCUAAACUCGUGUACAUAGUCCUAGUUGUUCUUGUAUAAACAAACCUCUAAAAAUAUUCUCAUUCGAUUGCUUAACAU